AUGGACGGCCAGAGCCAAGAUCUUUGGCUGUCCGCCCUGGCCAAAUUGGACGAGGCCGAUAAAGCGCUCCUCCUCGCAUUUGGCGACGUCACCGACCCCAGCAAGCGAGUUGAUGUCCUCGACGGGUUUGGGCAGACCACUCGAGAAGCGUAUGAGAUGUGCGUUCGCAAGCGAUGGUCCUUCAAACUGCCGGGAGGGCAAGGAAAGAAGAUCAUCGUGCGCGAUCUCAUCGCAAAGACCACGCACUGGCUCGAGGUGUUCAAGGGCAUUGGGGACCAGGCUGUUCACUUUGAUCCGGCAUUCGCUGGCCUUCCCUGGGCGGGCGCGCGAUUUUUGUUGCAGAUUGCAAUCAACGACUUUGAGAAAUUCGAUUUCGCCGUGGAAGCCGCCGAGAGAAUAUCAAGGAUGACCGCUCGCUACAGGAUCAUUGAGAAACUGUAUCUGCGACGUGGCUCUGAGGCGGCUGAGCAGCUGGAGCAGGCCCUCAUCCUGCUAUAUGCUACGACGCUCACCUAUUUGGCCAAGGCCAAACGAUAUUUCGAGGAGAAUACCGCACUUCGCAUGCUGCAUAGUGGCCUGCUGGCCAAGAGCGACCUCCAUGACCUGAUGGAGAAACUGGAAACCCAUGAGAAAGAAGCAGACCGCUGCACCAGCUUGGUAGAGGCAGAAAUUAACCAUGAUACCGCAGCCCUGAUUGCGGAUCUGUCAUUGGAAAUGAAGCAAAUGUCGGCAUUGAGGGAGGCCCUCGCGAGAAUAGACCAGCCUAUCUUGAAUAUGGCACACCAGCUUGAUAGAAUGGAGGAUCAUCUUGACAACAUGCAGCGAAAGGAAAUACUAGACUGGAUCUCGUCGCAGAGAUACGGUGACCACCACAGGGCCAUCAAAGACAGGGUUCUUGAUGGAACGUGCAGCUGGAUCAUGCAACACCCUGAAUUCGUCAAAUGGAAAGCCGACAGCACAAACUCACUCCUCUGGUUACACGGCACACAAGGAGCGGGCAAGAGCUGCUUGACCUCGGUAGUGAUCGAGGACAGUAUGGAGCUGGCCCGUCCAGAUCAAAGCUGCUCCCUGGCAUACUUCUACUGCUCACGGAAUACAUCGGAGCCCCAACGAGCAGACCCGCAGAAGGUACUGGCAUGUAUCGCCCGUCAACUCUCCAGCACCUCCUCUGACUGUCCCAUUGCUCCUCCGACGAUUGCAUUGUAUAACAAGCUGCGUUCGGUUGAUGGGUCGAGGGAGGUCCUUGCUAUACCAGAGCUCGUUGAGCUAAUCCUGGAGCUCACCAAUCUUUAUUACAGGACUACGAUCGUAUUGGACGCGCUGGACGAGUGUGAUCCAGAGACCAGAUGGAAACUAGUGGAUGCACUGAAUGAUAUCGUUGCUGAUUCUACCAGCCUGGUCAAGGUGUUCGUUAGCUCACGCGAAGAAGGCGAUCUUCGAUUGUCGAUCGAGGAUCAUACUGGCAUUCAAGUGACGGCCUUGGAGAAUAGCGAAGAUAUCCAGAAGUUUGUAGAAGUUGAAACGGAGAGAAUGGUUGCCAAAAAGCAGGUGCUUGGUCGUAUCAAACAGCCAGCCACGAAGGAGGAGCUCAAACAGCUUAUCAAGCACGAUGUUGUUUCCAAGGCCAAUGGAAUGUUCCGGUGGGCCGAGUUGCAGCUGGCAAGCCUCCGAGGGAUUCAGUUCGAAAAGGACGUUCGCUCUGAGCUGUCUCGAAUCCCCCGUGAUUUGGGUAUGCUGUAUGAAGACCUCUACCAGAGGGCACUUGAGAGUGCCAAAGAUACAGCUCGGUCUGUAAUGCAAAAUGCUCUGAAGUGGAUGCUAUGUUCUCGAGAAACUCUCCCUCAGAAAGACUUCUUUCAAGCUAUCACGGCCUUCUUAGAUGUAGACGUUGAUGACUUCGAUGAAGACGUUAUCUUGGACCUUCUGAACAACUUUGUCGUCAGCUAUACCACCGAGUCGGGAGUGCAGAGCUUCCGAUUCGCCCAUCUAUCGGUCCGAGAGUUCCUGGAGACGAAACCGGAGUACUGCGUUGCAUCCAGUAAUUCAUUUGCUGCGGAGAUAUCUCUACUCACAUUGAUCGGUUGUUCUGGGUCCCCCAGCGCCAGUCGGUUUGUUGAAGAGCUAGGGCUUGAUGCUUCUACUUUCAUACCCUUUUCAGAAGUCGAAUCCCAUACAAAGGGCAUCCACGACUACUGCAUCAGGUUUUGGGGUGAGCAUUGUGAGCUUGCUGGAGGGGCAAAUCGAACAGCGGACAGUAAACAUCUGAAUCGCCUUCUGCAUUAUUUUCUUUUUGAUGAUUCCGAUGAAAACUGCCCUGUAAGCCGCUGGUGGCGUUCUUAUCACCGUCUCUUGGGCAUCAGGCGGCACGCCUUCGCGAUGAAGAAUUUCUUUUAUGACCAUGAGCAAUCGUCCGAUCGAGCCCUAUUUCUGGCCAGUUGCUAUGGCUUUGACGAAAUCGUUAGCAUGGAAAGACCUGAAGUACUCAGUGCCCACUUGCAGACGGAGUGUGCCAUGGCUGCAGCCACCCACCAGCAGCACUCUGUCCUCAGGUCUCUUCUUGACACCACGAACACCAGGGAUCUGCUGCAAGAUUUGGUAUUCCAGAUGGUCUUUUUGGGUGAUGUCAACGGUGUCCGAGAAUUCCUGAAGCUGCUCGAGCCUGCUGAAGUGACCGAAUUCAUGUUAUCGCGCGCCAGGAGACCGGAGAUCAUUUCAAUGCUGCUCGACCAUAACAGGGGCCUUCAAAUCACGACAAAAAUGGUGGAGGACAAUGGCCGGCCCUCUGAUUGCAUCAAUGUCUAUCUUGACCGGGCUCCAGACUUGGAGAUCACGUCGAACAUACUCUCAAACGCUAUUGGAAGCAUGGGUUUUGAUUCAUUCAAGCGUCUUGUUGACCGCGCGGACCCCGCGAUGAUUACCUCUGAUGUUAUCGCUACGGCCUUGUUCAAGGAUUACUUAGGGCCACAUGUACUGCCCAUGAUUGAGCUCCUCCUCGAGCGUGCCGGGGAAAUUGAAGUCGAUGAGGUUGCUAUCAUGCAGGGGGUGGGCAACAGCAAAAGUCCCGAGAUGGUGAAGAGACUUAUUGACCAGGGAUGGAUCCUUGCUCCACGCACCAUUGAGUACGGUGCCCUAUACGCGAACAAAGAGGUAUUCCAGGUUCUCUUCGAGGCCAGCGGUGCAAAUGUCACACCUCGUCUACUUGAACUGGCUGCGGCUAAUGAUAGAGACGGGGAUAGGGUUGUCACGCUCCUAGUGAACCUGUUAGAUGAUGCAGUCGAUGACGAGACCUGGAACAGGAUGCUGGUAAGGUGUGUUCGCAACAGGUCCAGGGGCCAAGAGACAAUGGGCGUGCUCCUUCCCCUCAAACCCAGUACGAAAAUAGGCGAAAAAGUCUUCCUGGCUGGUUUAAAGAUGGACUGGAAUGACCAUGGAAGGCUUAAUCGGAUGCUGGAUGAGCAUCGAGAGUUGGAAAUUACCGACAGCGUUGUGCGAUGCGCAUUGGAGAAGCUGAAGUAUGACGGGACCAUCAGAAAGAUUCUAGAUCGCCAUGGCUGCCCCGUCAUAUCCUGCGAUAUGAUGCUCGGUGCAGUCAGUAACCGUCUAUUUGGAGACGAAAUGACCAAGCUGCUCCUGCAUCGAGAGGGUAUGCUGGAGCCGCCUUCUGCUGAAGUCAGGAAAGCAGUCAUUUGCAACGAUCAUUCGGGCUAUGAAAUACUACAGAUGCUUGAGAGCCGGUUUGGAAAUUUCACAUUCACUGAUGCAGACUUGGAGAGUGCCACAUCAGGAAGCCUGAAAAUGUUGAAACUCAUCCUCAGUCGUCGUGGGAUCGCACAUACCUCUGGGUCAGUACUCCGAGCAGCAGCGUCUCGCGCGCACUUGGAUGUCCUCAAAUAUGUCCUGCGGCUGUACGAUGGCCCUGUCACCCGUGAAAUGGUGGUCGCCGCAGCUGGAAAUGAAGGAAGCGGCGCCGAGAAGUUCAAACUCAUAUGGGACCUUGCUCCAGACGUUAAGCCGUGUCCUGAACUACUCCUGGAAGCAGCACACGCGGAAGACAAUCUCAAUCUCAUAUUAGACCGGCUUGAGGACGAAAGCCUAUGUCAAACGGUGCUAGAUGCCGCUGUGCAGUCAAGGGACGACUGUUAUGGCCUCGUGCGUACUUUCCUGCGAAGGGGCGUCCCUAUUAAGAUUUCACAGAAGACAGUCAUGGAUGCCAUUGAGUCUGGCAAUGGGGAAAUACUGAGUCUUGUCCUCAAAUACGUGCCUGAAUUUGAGAUAACGCAGGAAAUCGUUAACCUGGCUGUCGAGCGUGAAGACUUUGGCUCUCUAACCAUCUUAGACCGAGAGGCCAGUCCUACGGAAUUAAAUCUACAAGGAGUCCGACAGGGGGUGCCCAAGUCUUUCAGGACAUCAUUUGUUCGAUACUUCGAUAAGGACAUUUAA